AGAUUGCCAAAGUAAGCAAGAAUGUAGACAUCUCUCAGUCAUUAAUCCUACAGUGUGCUCUGAUGGCCACAAAGAAAGCAAGAUGGAAUGAUGCGUUGGAAAUGGUUCACGAUUACCCCGAUAUGCAGGUAUUGGUAGAUUUUAGAUUGCUUGGCGACGAAAUAGCCCUUAUGUAUAAUGACGUCACAAGGCUUGAUGCCCGCGAGGAAUGCUGGUCUUAGUAGUCAUCGCCCGAGAAAAUUUCGAUAGUGGCCAUUUUGAAUUGUUUAAUUUUCCGGACGAUGUCUACUAAGACCAGCAUUCGUCGCAGGCAUCAAGCCUUGUGACGUCAUUGUGCAUAAGGUCUAUUUUAACCCAGUUUGUAUGCAUGCGUUGUAAAGAACACAUAAAAUGACUGACAUGUUAUGUAAAUGUGAAAAUAUCAAAUUAAUGAAGAAAGAAACAAUUUAACACAAUGCUACAAGAGAUAUGAUUCAUUCAUUUUAAGUGUUCUUCAUGAUGCAAGCACAAACAAGUGGCGGAAUUUCUUUGCAACACCAUGAUUUUUUAUUUCAUUAAAGAUAUUUUGGGUAAUUUAAUUUACUCUAUAUCUAUCUUUGUUCAGGAGAUAUUUUGUUCAGGAAAAAUUUAUCCCCGAGCGGAGCGCGUAGGGCGAAGCCCGUGGCGAGGGUACUAAUUCCGCUCGGCUAUUUACACCUGGGGAAAACAGGGUGGACUUUCGUCUACGCAUGCGCGAGAAACGUAAGCGUGGAGUGCACGUGAGCGCGGGUUAAUCGCGUGACUGAAUUAUAAAAACAAACAUUUGCCAAAACUACUCGUGUUAUGAAGUCGUUUUCUUGUUUCUUUAGUGUUUCUACGCUCACAAUUUUAGGCAUUUCCAACUUAGAAGUGUUUGCUUUGGAAUAAGAACGUGAAAGUAGAAAUAAAAACUUUGUUGCAGCAGUUUAAUUUCGCAGUGCAAAUAUACCUGUUUUUAAUAUGUAUAUCCUUUUCGAAGUGAGAUAUACAAGUGCAAAUUGACCUUCUUUAUAUUCGUACUUGCCCUAUUUUUCAUUCCAUAAAAACUACUUUUAUCCAUGGAGAAACUAUUUGACUCUAAAAAUAAGAUUGAAUUUUUGUGGUGAUAUAGGCUAUCUCUUUGCAAACAGUGAUUUAGUACUCGGUAGUGUAGUUGUUGUUUAUGAAUAAAAGUCUAAAAUGAAUUCAACAUCCGUCAACAAAAAGGAGUCGCGCUUAUUACUACUCUGUAGAGGAUAGACAAUUAAUUUAAUUCACUAGGAACCCGUUCUACAAUAUAAACUAGAAAUCGGCCAACAAAUUGCCACGAAAUACUACAAUGAAAAUAGGGUCUCUGAACUACUAAUUUCACCGAACGGUCAAGUUUCUCUGCAAAGAUCGCCCCUUUGCCCAAUUUUCCUUGAGUAGAUCAUCGUGUUUUUAAGUCAAGUGUUUUUAACAUAAAAGAAUAAAAAAUGUGGUGAUAAAGGGUAGAUUUUGAAUAAAAUACGAAUAUCUGUAUACAAGAUCUGAGCGUUAUUAUGAAGCACUCGAUACUUUCUCCAACAACAUAUAUUGCGCUUAUUUUUUUACAAAAUUAAAAAUAUUCACACAUUAAAGAUAUGAAAAUGUGGCUUGCAUUACAAAGAAAUGUUGGCUUACCUAAGUUAUACCUUACACGUCGAUUAAAGUGAAGUAAAGCCCUUUCAAAGACGCGUGCCGCAUUAAACUACAGGUCACAUGGCGGUAGAGAACUCGACGAAGUAUUCACGAUAUUUCAUAGCCAGUUCAAACGCCACUGUGUACUAUUCCUGUGAAUUAUGAUGCCCAAUACACCGGAUAACACAAUUUACCACUUUGUUCGGCUGUUCCAAGUACACUUUUAAGAUACAAGGUCCGAUCAUAUCAUGUUCUUCGAAGCAUCUGCUCAAAACAGUCCAACAUAAAUAUCGCCACUCAUCUUCUUCGUAUGAAAAUAUAAGUUUUCCUUUCAAUUGCUUUGCUUUAAAAACAGUCAUUAGGUUGUUGAAGGGUUAGUAUAUAACUUCCAACAAAGAUUACCCCAUUGCUUUGAAAAACCAGUGAAUCACAAUGCAGAAAACUUCAACAUCCUUAGAAAUUGUAAGCCAAACAUCGAAAAACAAAAUAUGCGGGAAAAAGCUCACGAGCCCGCACUAUUUUUAUGCAGCGUCGACGAAAGUCCACCCUGUUCCUGGGGAAAGGAAAACAUUAGCGAAGUCUAAAGUUCACCAAUGAUCGCGGGCGCAUGGCUAUGCAUGGGUGGUCAUCUCACAGAUCUCAAAAAUAUAGGUGAUUACCAGGAGUGAAGGAAGCAAAUAUCAAUAAAAACACACACGACAGAAAGCUUGGACAUCUUUUCACACAAUAAGUUGUAAAUCACCUUUUUCAAAUUUUGGUCCCGUUGGACUCAGCUGUGUUAUGAUAUGUAUACAUAAUUAACCAUGAAAACAUAUAAAAGGACAGUUGAAAGGACGUUAAUUACAUUCGAACAGAAGACAACAACAGCAAGUGCAAUGGCAGAGUGAGUGAGAAAUCGAUUGGACAAGAAGACAAGGAAAGAUUGGUACGUGCUUUCGAAGCACCGAAACAAGACUACUUAGCGAUAGCUGAUAAUUUGGGCAUAAACCGUUCAACAGCACGAGGAAUUAUUGCCCGAUAUUUGCGAGAAAAUAGGGUUGAUGAGAGACCUCGUGGAGGGCGAAACAACGUCAAAGUUGAUGAACAAAUGAGGAGGUGUCUGGAAGCAAUUCUCAACUAGAAAACUGCAUGCUAACAUUGACAGCUAUCAAAGCCGAGUUACACCGACGUCUACCAGAAAAGCCAAUCGUCAAUGACCGCACCAUAUCGAAGCAUUUGGAAGGCAUGUUGUUUACAUUGAAGUUAGCCCAUCGAGAUGCAAACAUACUUGCCACGAUGUCUUGCAAGAGAACACAUCCAGGGCUAAAACAUAUUAAAUAGCAUUUUUGCUGUUGUGUGAACAGACAAACAUUAAAUCUAUAUUUGUUAGAACGCGACUUCUGACUUUAUACGCCUUUAUAUUAAUGAUUAUUUGUUGUGGUUAAAUGUGUUUUGAUUUAUUGCUAUUGUUGUUGUGAAAAUGUUAAUGAUUAAUUAGUUCAUGCAAUUGUUCUUUGUUUCGUCUCAUUGAUUUUCACUUUACGGAAUAUAUAAUAAGGUGUUGUUAUAGAACCUACUUACUAGUUACUAGCACAAAUGAUGUUCAAAUAACGUUAUUGCCCUUCUUUCGGUGUUAUUGAUAUAUACCAAUCAUUCUACUGUGUUUCUCUUUUGUUUAAAUGACAUGCAAAUGCUGUAAACAUGUACAGCUUUCCUUUUUAUUCUAUGUGAAAGUUUUUUUGAAUUAGCUUGUUUUAAUUUCUUUAUAAAAGCUCAAAAAAGGAGAAAAUUAUUUUCAAGAGCGACCUGUAUGACUUGAAUUUAUUUCAUUUCAAAGUACGAGUAUUAGUAAGUUGAAGAGUUUAGCGGCAAAAAGCAGUUAAUUUCAAUGAACAUUUAAAAACUUUUACGAAGCGUUUUGUGUUGAAUUUUACAUUAUAAUAAAGCCCAUCGAAAGCAAAAUAACAUACCUACUUUAUAUAUGUUAGAAAUCGAUAGUUAUGUGGUUAAAAGUGUAAAACAUUCAUUUAUUUUUGCCAUUUUGAACAAAAAGAAAGCAAUUAUCGUGUUGCCAUGGCUAACAUGACGCGAGUCUGCGUUCCAUGUUGGCGUAAUUAGAAUACUUAACAAUGUUUGGGAAAUGUGGGCGAGGGGUUGUUGCAUGUAUAUGUAUUUCUAGUUAAAUGUAUAUAUCGAUAAAAAUUAGAUGGCAUCACCGAUGGGGGGUUAGUCGAUUUAAUUUGGUUGUGUAAGUUGUGUAAAUUAGUCAAAGAAAUCUUUUUCCUUGAUUUUAAUUGAUCAUGCAAUGGUGAAGAGUCUGCUUUCAGCCUUUAACUAAACUGUCGUCUCUGAAAAUUUAAGUAUAAUAAAGCCGGGUACAUGCAGGUUUCAAGGUAUCUUUACAUGUUUUCUUAUUAGUUCCAGGCUGUUCACGAUAUAUUUAUAACGAUCACUUAAAACCUUGGAAAAUAACUAUGGCAUUUUCUAUGAGAUCCGAUGUUUGCACUGUUUUGAGCCAAUAGAUUGCACAUAGUUCAUUCGGGGUUUAAAUUUUGCGUAUAUUGCAUGAGUUAGAUCCAGUUAUAGAUUUUCAUGUACUCAAUGGCAAACGAGUAUACGAACCCAAAUGGUUCAGAUAAAGACGCGAGGGUGUCCUCGUCCAAAAUUUAUUAAACCUUCUGCAUGAGAAAAAUUACCCACCUUUGGUUUUGCCAGGUGCACGUGAGCACGUCUUUUGUUGUCUUCACUGUCUUAGUGUAGGAUGUCCCCGUUGAAGGUUCUGGGAGACUGGGAAUCACAUACUCAGAAAAUAUCGGGUCUACAUUUGUAUACCAGUCACUUCCCUAGCUUUUCUAGCUAUUAUUUAAGAUUAUUGUGUCGCGUAUUUGCGAUGAAAAGUGAUACAAAAUAAUAGUUAAAUAUUGUCAAUUUAAAUACAAUUAUCAUUGAUGCUGUAAAUUUGACGUCAUAAUUAUUAGCUAUUGUUCACUGCUUUAUACCAUUCUGUACAGAUCCGUUGAAACGGUCGACGAAUAUCGUUUAAACGGCUCCUUAAUUCCGUUCGAACGGUUUGUUAAAGCCGUUCGUAGAGCCGUUAAAUUUUUUGUCUUCAUCCGUUCGUAUUUUUUACUCAAAACGUCUAAAACGUUUUGAGGAUCCGUUGAAACGAUUUGACAAAGCGUUUACUAUCCGUUCGUUAUCCGUUUUUUUGCCCGUUUUAAUGCAAAAUCGUUAACGUAUGUUUUCCCGUGGAAGGUCACAUAUUUAUACAGCAAUAUAAGCAAAACUUAUAAGCAAGUUUAUACAUGUCCAUAGCAUUAUAAACUUAAGUUAAUGAAACAAGCGUUAGGACAAGUCAGAGUAAAGUUGUGCAAAGUCUCCUGGAGUACAAAGGUCUGGUACAAAGGUCAAUCUGUGAAUCGUGUGAUCAUACACGUGCAAAGCGCAAGGCUGAAUUAACAACAAACCAUUGUCAAAUCUCUUCCCAUGCGUGCGGGAAAAUAGACCAAUCAGGUUUCACCUCUUCGUCUGCAUAAUUGCCUGCUUGGAUCAGUAAGCCUCAUUGUGUCACUUGCAAGCAAAAUUGUAUGACCUCUGUGGCAAAGUACUUCAAAAUUACCACCCAUCCCACCCUUCAAGGAUUUUGCACCACUAUAUCAUAACUUGUAUCACAUAAUAAAUAAAAAUCUGUAAAUAUUGUUUUGAUAUGCAAUCCGUCAUCAAGAUUCACAUGAAAUGCAACUCAUGUAGUGUUCUAGAUAAAGUAUUAUGGAGUAGUUUACCGGUUAAUAUGUUAUUACAGGCACAUAUAUAUAUUGUAAUAUACAGUAUUGGAAUUGACUUAAAUUGCAAGUCUGGUUGUAAAAAUAAAAAUAUUUGGUUGUUUGGGGAUGGAGUGCUCCCAAAGGUCACCCUCAACCCCAUAGACUCACACAAAUCAAUGUAUUAUACAGUGUAUUGUAAAGUAAACAAUGACCAUCACGGGGAUCUACUACCCUUGGACAUUAAAGUAAACAAUGACCAUCACGGGGAUCUACUACCCCUUGGACAUUAAAGUAAACAAUGACCAUCACGGGGAUCUACUACCCCUUGGACAUUUAAGAUGCCCAUCUCGGGGAUCUACUACCCCUUGGGUAAAGUCCAACAUGGGGGAACCACAACCCCCUGAGGACAUAUAAUUAUAUCAUAAUCAUAUUGCUGUCAUAGUGAGUCUGUGGGGCGACACUUUGGCCACAGUUUAAAGUAUAAUCGGAGCAUUUCUCCUCGACAACCCUUCUCCCACAACAUUGUGUGUGUCAUAGUUGUUUUCUUAAUUGUCUUAGAAUAUUUGCUUAACGAAUUGGUGCAUUAACUGAACUUCAGACAUUAUUUUCUCUUUGGCGUACCAUCUAAAAUCUCUUCAUUUUUGCAUUAUUUUACAGAUAAGGCACUAUAAACAUACGUUUUAAGUUUGUUUGCCGCUUGAGAAACAUAUAUCAGAAAUUUUAAAAAUUGAAUAUGGUCAUAACCAAGUGGAAAAGUAUAUUCAUUAGUUUUGAGCGCUUGUUACGUAACAUACAAAAAAUUCGAUCUGCUCUUAAAUUAUUCUUCUGAACAAUAAUAAAUAUCUGGAAAAUUUCCUUUUCAGCCAUUCUUAAUGCUGAUGCUCGUACAUAAAACUAUUCUGGUCAGUUUGCUGAAAUCUGGAGCUAUUACUUCUGAGGAUUUUCCAGAAAUGCAAGUAUUUGACGUCGUCCCAAACAAUAAUGUGCCAUCAAAUCUACCGCAAUUCGUAUUGAAGUUAAAAGGUAUAAUAUUCAAUUUGUACAAUGUUCUACAAUAAUAUUUCUGAACAGAUCUCAUUACAAACUAUACAGUGUGACUUUAAAGGGGCUGUUUAUAUCGCCAUGUCGUUAUUUUAUAGUAGAAAUUACUUUGGGUUUAAAUGAAACUGGUAUAGGCCCGGUUCCCGAGAUCGCACUUGAAAAAGACGAAAUCUCACUUACUGGGAUGAAAAUUUCUCAAUGUAAACACUCACUGACCGGGAUGGCUCGGUUGCUGGGUUGAAAAUUUCAUGAAGCGGGAUGAACCUUUCUCACAUAAACACAAGACGGGUCACAAUGACUUCCAUAUAACCAGCCUCACGGCUCAGGUAUAUUUUCAUUCUCAUUGAAUCAUCAUUUUGUCGGUUGACAUUUAAAACGAGCACUGCACAUUUUUUGCAGCUCAACAUGGGAGAAGAUCAGUUGAUUCAACAUCUCACUGGAGAUCUACUACAGUUGAUGAUUCCUAUUCUGUGUAUAAUAUUCUGGAAAGAUGGUGGUCAGAAUGUGGUCUUCGCGUACAUGAAACAAGGUUGCCUGGCUUUUAUGUUCAAAUUUCAACAUUGGGUAGCAGUCAAAAUUUACCAAACAAAGAAGAUAUUGGGAAUGUAAGUAGCGCAAGGAAAUAAACCACUGUGCAUGUAUUCUGUAUUUUCCCAACGAAAAUACAAAUUAAGCAUCGUUUUAUGUUUAUAAAACUUUAAUAUACAGAACACUGGCUGUAUCAUCAGAUACAAAAUACGAAUAGAACUAUUAUUUAUAUCGCUUAUUCCACUGGGGGGAAACGCGAUAAUAAGCGAUAUAAAUAGAGUCUGUAUACGCAGGCUACUUAUUUAUAGGUCUUUAUAUUUAUAGGAUUUGAAAUACGCGUGCAAGCUACAAUAAUGUAUAUAACAUCGCUGUUUUUGUGUCGCGAAUGAAUCCUACUAACAAGAGGAAUGUAAAGUCUAUUCUUUCCUUGCUGAUUUUGUACACAACUUUCUAGGUGUUUAUGAUGAUUGCAAAGAACAUUUGCCUUGGCUUGGUGGCCGCAAUACUUGCCAAACCUGAUAUUUGUAUUGAUCAUUUGCUGAAAGCUAUUAUUGACUGCCACGAUUCUGGAUAUUCCAAACUUGUUUGUCAUCUUGUCAGACUUUUGUUUCCUUUUGGACUUGAAUCGUGGUACAUGAUACAACGCUUGUCAGAAUCAGACAGGAGGAGCACUUCAAGUAUGACUGAUCAAUAUUUUUGUAAUAUAAUGGCGUUUUACUAUCGAGCUAUAGUUACUGAAUAUUUGGUUAGUGAAAAAUCAAAAACGAAACAUGGUCUUGAAGAAUCGCCACAACACAGUAUCGGUAAUGAUGCUUGUGAAUGGUCAUCCGCAAUUACAAUGGAAUCUAACAAUAGGGUAUUAAGUAUGGGUGACACGUUUACCUCGUGCAAUGAAGGAACAAAUUCAGAAAACCUAGAACGACUACAAUCUCCGGAAUAUUCUCUCGAGAGUUCAAAUGUUCAGUCGAUGUCUGAAGUAGAUUUUGGUUCCAGUACGACUAAGGAUCACGCAGAAGGGGAAAACAAUAAUGUAUCUAAGAAAUUAGAAGAAACGUCUAUAUACAGGGAGAUUUAUCGAAUUGGCUUGGUUUGUUCUACAGUUCUUUUGUCAGAUAUUCACGCUCAGUUUCAGAAACUUAAUAGUAGUGUUGAACAUUGUAUCCCAGAAAAGGAUGAACAUUUGCAAGAUGAAGAAGAUUCCGGAAUAAAAAGUGAACUGGAAAUUUCACUAUCGGUACGUAAAACAUAUGAAUAG